AAACCCCAUAUGAAGGAUACAUAAAACCAGUCUCAAACGUGUCUGUAGCGAGACGGUUGUUUUCCUUGUAUUUAUUUAGUACCUAUCUAGUGUACAAUGUUGAAAAUAAAUUGUUUGUGUUGUUUAGUUUUAUGUAUCGGAAUAGUUACGGCUGGGAGAUUAUGCAAAGUACCGAACGGUGGAGCCGGUACUUGUAUACCGAUAUCCAGAUGCCGUCCCAUCUACGAUCUGGACAAUCGAUUCGACUUGGACGAAAAUGAAAAGAGGUAUAUACAGCAGUCGUUGUGUGGCAGUUCUUCUAGCCCUAUUGUUAAGGUUUGCUGUCCACAUCCAUCCGAGUGGUGGAAAUUCAAAGCCAAUGCCAUAUUUCUACCGACAACCGAACGCGUGCACACGACAAUGAACCCAACUCCUAAUCCUGUUGUUCUGAUAAUACCCAAAGAUGUGGACACCCUUGAAGGCGGUUUGAAUAACCAGAAUCGCUUCCAAGACCUAAAGACCUUGCCUUAUCAUGGGCCAUGUGGCAAGGAAGCGAGCAGCGGCAAUAAGAUAUAUGGCGGCCAGGCAGCUAACGUGGACCAGUUUCCCUGGCUCGUCAUCUUCGAGUACAAUAGCGGCUGGCUCGACUGCGGAGGAAGCAUCAUACACCCCAGAUUCGUGCUGACAGCCGCCCACUGCCUUCAAACGCGGCAGGGACCACCAAAGUUCGCGCGCCUCGGCGAAUACGACCUCACUACCUUCCCCACGGACACCGUGGAGACCGACGGCGGCGGUUUCGAGACCGUGAACGUAACCGUCAUACCGGUGGAGCGGUCUAUACCGCACCAGGGGUUCAAGCGGGAAGCCAGGCUGCACGACAUCGGCUUAGUUAAGCUGGCGGCCAGCGCUCGAUAUGAUGAAUUCAUCCGCCCCAUCUGCUUACCAACAACCGACUUAACAUCACAAUUUACGAGGCAAACAAACUUUAGCAUCGCUGGUUGGGGUAUGACCGAAAACCGUCCGAGCAGCGACGUCAAAUCCUACGUGAUGAUACCUUACGCACGUAAGAAUGUAUGCGACGCUAUAUACAAGUACGACCUAGAAAAUAUCAUAUGUGCGGGCGGCGAUGAGGGUAAGGACUCCUGCAGAGGAGACUCCGGUGGCCCACUAAUGUAUGAAGACGGCAAUACUUAUACCGUUGUAGGUAUACUAAGUUUUGGACAAAUUCAAUGCGGUACUGCUGGCAAGCCGGCGGUUCAUACCGACGUGUAUAAAUAUAUGACGUGGAUUAAAAAUGAAAUUAGUACUAAUAGUUGAGAUUGAGAAAGUUAUGGUGUGGAUUGGCUAUUGCUAAAGUUUUACACAUGACAGAAGGUUCUGUUCACUUUUGUGAUUUAAAGACUACAGGUUUCGUAUUAAUUAGAAAUUAAUCAGACGUUACGAUUGGCUAAAUUAUUAAACAUCAUGUAUUUUUAUAUUUUUACUGUGUCAAGCAAUAAGUAUUAUUUGAAACCAGUACCUGCAUGCCAAACUGAAGGUAGUAUACAUUGUAAAUAAGAUUUAAAUUUUAAACAUUAGGGAUUAUGUAUACGAGAUAUUUUAUUAUAUUUUCCAAUAGGAGAAAUUAAUAUGUGAUAAAGGAGUUGAUGUAUUUUAAGUGCAUCUAAAAGAUUUUAACUUAUAA